UUGUUGGCAGAUAAACGUUUUGGAGAAAAAUUCUUAGUUUUAUUGAAAUACUCGGAGAAAUAGCGAAAUAGGAAAAAUUUAUAUAUAUGUAUAUAUAUAUAUAGAGUAGUAAUUAAUAAAGUUAUAAUGGAAGAAGAGUACCAGGCUUCAUCGUCACAGUCAGCCGCCAAAAAAAUUGGCAAGCAACAUAAUACUUUGCCUUUGUGGGGAAACGAAGCGACCAUGAACUUGAAUCCUUUGAUUUUGGCCAAUAUACAGAGUUCCAGCUAUUUUAAAGUUCAUUUAUUUAAAUUGAAAACUUAUCAUGAGGUGGUCGACGAGAUUUACUAUCAAGUUAAGCAUAUGGAACCUUGGGAACGUGGGUCCCGUAAGACCAGUGGUCAGACCGGCAUGUGUGGCGGAGUUCGCGGUGUUGGUGCCGGUGGUAUAGUUUCAACAGCCUACUGUUUGCUGUACAAACUUUACACUUUGCGUUUGACUCGUAAGCAAGUAAACGGACUUAUAAAUCACACCGACUCACCCUAUAUUAGGGCUUUAGGAUUCAUGUACUUAAGAUAUACCCAACCACCGGCAGAUCUUUAUGAUUGGUAUGAAGACUAUUUGCAGGAUGAAGAAGAGAUCGACGUAAAGGCCGGUGGUGGCCAGAUUAUAACUAUUGGCCAAAUGGUUUAUCAGUUCCUAACCAAAUUGGAUUGGUUUUCGACACUAUUUCCUCGUAUUCCCGUGCCCAUACAGAAGCAAAUUGAGAAAAAAAUUGAACAAUAUUGUCGUGAAAACAAUAUCUCGGUGCAUCAAUUAAGUUCAGGUGGUUUAAAUAUUCCAGUACGUACAGGGGGACGUCACGAAGAAAUGGAAACAGAAAUCGACUAUGAGCGCCGUGGUCACAGUCGUGAACAAUAUGUUAAUAGAGCGCCACCUAAACCGCCUGCUAAUUAUCGAGGAGAGCACGACGAUCGUGAUUAUCAUCAAUCAUUGCCAACAUCGUCUGUCAAUCGUGAACACAGAUCCCGCAGGCACGAAGAACGCUAUUCAUCUCCGGAGAGCGUUUACCGGGGCAACAGCCGUGAACGAGAGCAUUAUCGGGAGAAACACAAAAAGAAACACAAACAUAAGCAUCGCUCCCGUAGUCGCAGUCGAGGACGUUCAGAGCGAACGAAAGGACGUUCCGAACGACAUCAUCAUCGUCAUCAUCGUUCAAAAAGUCAUUACGACGACGAUUAUAACGAAGAAAAACAUUAUCGGUGAAAUUUCACUGACUUUAGUUUGCUUUUUUGCUUUUUUGUAUAAGUAGUUAAUUAAGUUUUUUUAACGAUUGCAUAAAUAUGGGGCGGUUUUGUAAGCAAAGGUUUCUUCUCAAAAAUAUUCUUUAACUACCUCGAUUUUUUUAAGCAUUAAAUGUUAUUACUCCUUUUGCUUACAGAAUAUGUAUAUAUCUGUAUAUAUAUAUAUAUAUAUGUAUGUAUGAAUAUGUAUAUAUAUAUAUAUAUAU